AUGGUCCUCAUCCUAACAGACAACAGCGAACCAUACAUCCGCCUUCCGGCACCGCAUUCGCACAUCAUCCUCACUCCUCCACGCCUCGUAGAAGCGAGAGAAGAGAAAGACAAUGUAGAGAAAUCCCCGCCAGAAUCCGACAUCAACACUGCCGUCUCUGCCCUCAAUGACAAGCGUGUUUACCUCAAGCUCGAAUCCACGCCUUAUCCGUACAUGCGUGAGCACGCAAUCGCGUUUGCUCGACAAGGACACGCCGAUACUCAACGGAUAUUGCAGCAGCAGCAGCAGCAGGGAGAAUGGUUUGACGGGUGUCCGUUUCGGGAUAUUCGGGAUACGUCGUCGCCAUCUUCUUCUUUUCUAGAUGCAGGAGACGCCGACAUUGAACACCAAGAAAUCGCACAGGCGACCAAAAUCGGUGAUUUGUUGCUCCAUCACUACCCUUUCUAUGAGCUGCCCGUAGACAGUCCGGAGCGCAAAACGGCCCAGGAAAAGAAUGCUGCAUUGCCGGCGGGGCAUGAGGAUUUGAUUUGGGGGAUAGGAUUCUGGCUGCUACCCACUUACCACGGCAAAGGAAUAAUGAGUGCCGUCCUGAAGGCCGUUAUCGAAGACUGGGCCAUUCCGAAAAUGAACAUGCGCGUGCUGAAGAGUAGCGCGUAUGUGGGCAAUGAGGCCUCUGUGGGCGUCUUUAGGAAGUGUGGGUUUAUGCACGAGGCGACGAUUGAAAAGGGGAGUGCGGUGUUGUCGGAGAGUAGGGGAGGGGGAAAGAGGGAUAUUCAUGUGUUGAGGUGGGAGAGGAAGGCAGAUGGCCAUCAGGAUAAUACUAUUCUCAUGUGCAGAAGACGACACACCAAAAUCAUCCAAAACAAACACAGCACAAGGAAAUAG